CCUCAAGAUCACCUCAUAAGUCAUCACACAUCCUUAUUACUCUCCACACGCCCAACCUCUCUAAUCCAUCCAUCCAUCCAUCCAUCCGGGACGACAUCCUACAAUGUCUGCUGCUAAGUGUUUGCUGUCUCUGAUGGUGGUGUUUGUAGCAGCAGUGUGUGUGGUUCAAACGCAGGAGAGGAUUAAGAUGUGUGGGAGAGAGCUGAUACGUCUCGCCGUCUCAUCCUGUGGUAACUCUCGGCUUAGGAGAAGCAUCCCAGACGUAGAAGUGGGGCAGCGUCAAUUCACUUCUCACUGGGACCAGGAUGCCACCACAGAGGAGCUGCAGGCUUCGGAGACGGUCCACAUGCUUUCACAGUCUGAUGGGGAAAAGGAUGUCUUCGCCUUGGCUCCUCAUUGGUACCCCCUGUCCAAUCGCAUCAGACGAGCUGCUAGAAAAAUAUCUGAUAUUUGCUGUGAGAAAGGAUGUAGCUUGAGAGAGCUGAUCCAGUUUUGCUAGAUGUAUUCAUGAUUAUCACACAUUUGGUUGCAAGACGAGUUAAGAUAUUGUUACAAGUUGACUUGAGAAGUCAAAUUAAAAUGAUUUUGCUAUAUUUCCAAUCUUGUAGCAUUCUGGCAAACACUGCACACCAGUAAUUAUAGAUAAUUGAUCAUAUUUAAUAAAUUAUUUACAAUGACAUACAGGAGGUAAAAUCACACAGACUGGAAAAUUGAAAUGAUUGUUUAUUUUGUAUUAAUAUAUUUGCAAUCAUCAAGCUACACUGUAAUAAAGCUUUUGAUGAUUAUUUA